AUGUUCGUCCACCUUGAAGAGAAGGUGGAACGAGUACUUUGCCCGUUCCUCGCCUAUGAAUAUGCUGUUUCCAAAAGAUGCCAAAUGAACUAUUGGCUUAGGGUUGUGCUGCAGAAAUUCUCGACGCUCUUGCUCUUGAGGCUUGCGUUUCAGAGCCUCGGAGUGGUGUAUGGUGACUUAGGAACGUCUCCUCUGUAUGUGUUCUACAACACUUUUCCCGAUGGAGUAGAUGAUACAGAGGACAUUAUAGGCGCCCUUUCGUUGAUCAUAUACUCCCUCACGCUGAUACCUCUCCUCAAGUAUGUUUUCAUCGUGUGUAAAGCAACCGACAAUGGCCAAGGAGGAACUUUUGCUCUCUAUUCUUUACUUUGUCGGCAUGCUAAAGUCCGAACGAUUCCCAAUCAACACAAGACCGACGAGGAGCUGACAACUUAUAGCCGAAACACGGUCCAUGAGCUUUCUUUUGCUGCCAAGACAAAGGCAUGGCUGGAGGCAAACGCGUUUAGGAAAACUGCCCUUCUUAUGCUAGUACUUGUCGGGACGUGCAUGGUGAUUGGUGACGGGAUUCUCACCCCUGCUAUAUCCGUUCUUUCGGCUUCUGGAGGGAUCCGUUUGGACCACCCGAAGAUGAGCAAUGAUGUUGUGGUGAUUGUAGCUGUGAUAAUUUUGGUCGGAUUGUUCAGUAUGCAACAUUAUGGCACGGAUAGAGUCGGCUGGCUUUUCGCUCCGGUUGUAUUGCUUUGGUUUCUGUUUAUUGGAGGCAUCGGGAUCUACAACAUAUACAACUACGAUAGCUCGGUUCUGAAGGCCUUUUCGCCUUUGUACAUAUAUCGAUAUUUCAGAAACGGAAAGAAGAAAGGUUGGACGUCCCUUGGCGGGAUCAUGCUCAGUAUCACAGGAACUGAAGCACUGUUUGCUGAUCUUGCUCAUUUUCCGGUUUCUGCUGUACAGCUUGCUUUUACCAUCGUCGUUUUUCCUUGUCUCCUUUUAGCCUACUCGGGGCAAGCAGCGUACCUCAUGCAAAAUCAUGAUCACGUUGUUGAUGCAUUUUAUCGAUCGAUCCCAGAAAGUAUAUACUGGCCAGUUUUCAUUAUUGCGACGCUAGCAGCAAUCGUUGCUAGCCAGGCCACCAUAUCUGCUACGUUUUCGAUCAUCAAGCAGGCUCACGCCCUUGGCUGUUUCCCGAGAGUCAAAGUUGUACAUACAUCAAAGACGUUUCUUGGCCAGAUUUAUAUCCCCGACAUGAACUGGAUUCUCAUGGUUCUUUGCAUUGCUGUCACGGCUGGAUUCCAAGACAAGAGCCAAAUUGGAAAUGCAUACGGUUCGUGUCCAUGCUCGUCUCGUAUAUAUUAUUUUCGUUCGAGCACCGCUGUCGUCGUGGUCAUGCUCGUUACCACGCUUCUUAUGACUCUGAUAAUGUUGCUAGUCUGGCACUGCCACUGGAUCCUCGUCCUAUUGUUUACGUUUCUGUCGCUCGUGGUGGAAUGCACGUAUUUCUCGGCUGUGCUUUUCAAGGUCGACCAAGGUGGUUGGGUCCCGCUCGUGAUAGCCGCCGCCUUCCUCCUCAUCAUGUACGUCUGGCACUACGGGACCCUGAAGCGCUACGAGUUCGAGAUGCAUAGCAAGGUUUCGCUAGCUUGGAUCCUAGGCCUCGGCCCGAGCUUAGGUCUUGUCCGUGUCCCCGGGAUUGGGCUCGUGUACACCGAGCUAGCCAGCGGAGUGCCUCACAUCUUCUCCCACUUCAUCACCAACCUCCCCGCCAUCCACUCCGUCGUCGUCUUCGUCUGCGUCAAGUACCUCCCCGUCUACACGGUGCCCGAGGACGAGCGGUUCCUCGUGAAGCGGAUCGGGCCGAAGAACUUCCACAUGUUCCGGUGCGUGGCGAGGUACGGCUACAAGGACCUCCACAAGAAGGACGACGACUUCGAGAACAAGCUGUUCGCGAACCUCUUCAUGUUCGUGAGGCUCGAGGCGAUGAUGGAGGGUUGCUCGGACUCGGACGAGUACAGCCUCUACGGGCAGCAGACGGUGCAGUCGAGGGACAACGGAGAAACAUCUACUUCGAAUCUUGAUUUUACGAUCUCCUCGGUCGACUCCAUCGUCCCCGCUAGGUCGCCGAUGCACGUGAGCACGACGCACACGUCGUCGGGCCGGGAAAGCGGGCAGACGGAGGGGGAUGAGCUGGAGUUUAUGAAGAGUUGUAGGGAUGCUGGGGUGGUUCACAUUCUGGGGAAUACUGUGGUUAUGGCAAGGAGGGAAUCGAGGUUUUACAAGAAAAUAGCUAUUGAUUAUAUAUAUGCUUUUCUUAGGAAGAUUUGUAGGGAGAAUAGUGUGAUUUUUAAUGUGCCUCAUGAAAGCCUUUUGAACGUUGGCCAGGUUUUCUUUGUGUAAUAUUUUUGUUUACAAUUAGUAAUAAAGAGGGAAUUUUGUUUAA